AUGCAGAUCAGUUUUGUGACACUGGCACUUGCUCUGACAGCGUCAGCGGUGUCAUUGCCUGAGAGGGCUGUCUUUAACAGACGAGCGGCGAUCGACCUUCAGAAUGGCCAGGAUGCCAUUGCUCUAAACAAUAAAUUCAAGACACUUACUGCUUCCUCCCCUUGCACUGCUCCUGAAAAUGCUUGCGUAGGAGGCAAAUUCGCUCAGUGCGUCGGUGGCAAAUUCACUAUUCUUGGCUGUGCCGGCGGAACUGUUUGCGCUGCUCUUCCAAAUGUUGGAUCGGCUGGGACAAGUAUUGCUUGCACAACACAAGCUGAUUUGGCUCAGCGCCUCGCCGCGACGGGUGCACAGGAUGCCUCUGCAACCUCUGCCGCCCCCCCUGCAGCCAGCACGGUUGCUGCCCCACCACCGACUGCCGAAACUGGUUCAGGCAGUGGAGACGAUGCGCAAACAUCUCUGACUCUUGAUCCUGCUGUCAUUGCCAAGGGAUUCGCCAAUGACGGACAGGACACACCCACCGCUGGUCAAGUUGCGUCUUUGACUUCGACGAACAACUUUAUCAAUUUCUGCAAGACGGUCAACUUGCCAUUGACCAACGGCGCUCAAGUCGUGGAUGGCUCUUGUAACCCUGCUCCGAUGGGAGUGAUCCCUGCCAAAACCAAGAUGCCCUCAUCGAAAUUCAUCUUCCCGCCCAACAAUGGUAAAGUAGCAGCCAACCAACUGUUCACCAUCAAGAUGGCCAUCAACAAUCUUGAAACGGGAAACUUUGUCAAUGCAGCUGAGAACUAUUUCUCUGCUCCUCAGCAACUGAACGCACAGGGACUUAUUCGCGGUCACUCUCACGUUGUUAUUGAAAAGUUGGACUCUUUGGACCAGACGACAACCACUGACCCUACAGUGUUUGCCUUUUUCAAGGGCCUGAACGGUGCUGCUUCUGGUGGCGUUCUCACUGCUGAUGUGGAUAAGGGUCUCCCCGCCGGAUUCUACAAGCUGUCUUCGAUCAACACUGCUGCCAACCAUCAACCAGUGCUUGUGCCUGUUGCCCAGCACGGAUCUCUGGAUGAUGCAGUCUACUUCACUGUGGCUUGA